AUGACAUCUGUGAUACGCAAAUAUAAAUUCUUUUAUGUAAAACCACUUUUUAAGAUAUUCGCCAAGUUCGAAUUCACCAACAUCGUCUGCACGUCGUUGGAUAAAUCCUUUGAUGACUUCGAGUAUUGCUAUCUGAAGUCAGUGAAUCGCAGCUAUAAAUAUCUAUCGAUCAAAGUUAAACUGUUUAAGACGCCGAUCACGAAGCUCAAGGUCCAUGCAGUACUUUUCAAGCGAUACAACGGCUACAGGCCUUUCAUGUUCAACGUGACACUGGAUGCCUGCAGGUUUCUGAAUAAUACCAAGCGCAAUCCGCUAGCCUCGUACUUCAUGGUGUUCCUAAAACCGUACUCCAACGUUUAUCACACAUGUCCCUUCGAUCACGAUUUAAUUGUGGAGAAACUGGAUGUUAGAUAUGUAAAUCAUCAAGUAACGAAGGUCUUACCCUUCCCAGAAGGCUCCUAUCUACUAGAAACAAACUGGAUUGCCUAUGACAUCAAACGAGCUGUGGUGAAAAUAUAUAGCACACUAUCCUAAUCGAUGGCACAUUACCAAACUAGUCAAAUUUAAUGACAUGUGUAAAUGGUAGACAACCAAAAU